CGACGCAACAACUGAACUGAUAUCUGACAAGGAGAACGACACAACAACAACUGACAAACGAACGACCAAAACGACAAAACCACCCCAUCCCCACACACCCUACAAAACUCACACACACACACACACCCUCUUUGAAUGUGCGUGAGUGGGGCAAGGCAAGUGCAUAAAAGCAAUAACAACAACAACAGCGACAACAUUGGCAACAUUAAGUACGACGAGCUGGCAACAUUUACAACACUGGCAACAUGCUGCUGAGGCGCUUACAACACAGCGGCAGCAAUAGCAACAGCAACAGCAACAGCAAUAACAACAACAGCAGCAGCAGCUCACCCAAAAACCCAGGGCUAAUCGGAUUUACGAGGCAGCCAACAACAGCAACAACAAUAAGAAGAAGAAGCACAGCAACAUGGCUUUUGCCGCUACUCUGCCUGACAGUUGUUGCUCAUGUCAGCGCCCAAAUAGAUCGCACCAUCAGCGAACAUGAGAAUAACGAUGUGGUGCUGCCAUGUCCGGUGGAUGAGAAGAAAUGCGGAGAUCUGCAUUCCCUGAACUGGUUCAAGGGCGAUUAUCGCAUCGCUGCAAUGCUGCUGGGAGAGAACAAUGUCACGAGUGUGGACGAUGAAUUUAAAAAUAGAGUAACUGUUGAGCGGAAUCCAUACAGAUUAGUUAUUAAGGACUUGAGAAUAUCUGAUGAGGAGAUCUAUCUAUGUGAUACAACAUUUCUUAUACCAGUAGAAACGUGUGAUAACUUCAAUGGCCAUCGUGUCGAAUUGAGAGUCUUAGUGCCACCCACAGAGGUUGUGAUUUUGGACGCAAAGGGCGACCGCAUCGAGAACGGCAGCGUCGUUGGACCCAUGCAGGAGCGUCAGAGCCUCAAGGCUACAUGCACGGUGAAGAACACCCGGCCCCAACCCGAUGUGGGCUGGUGGCGUGGCACCAAACGCCUUGCCACAUACUCACCUACGCACGAUCUGACCGAUGGUCUCUAUACGUCCACCCUGGAAUUGGACUGGCAACUAUCCCGUGAGGAUCUGGCAACGGAUAUUGAGUGUCGUGUCGAAUCCGCGGCUAUUAAGGAUGCAAUUGUUUCGAAAUUCAGCGUCGAUUUGCAAGUGCGGCCAACGAGCAUAGACAUCAAGGGAGUGGAACAUCAUACGGUGCAGGGCAGCAAAGUGGUGCUAACAUGUGACAUACAUGGCGCCCGUCCGGCAGUUAACCUAACCUGGUAUAAUGCAACAUCCAUUAUCAGUGGCGAGGAGAACGAUUUAACUGAGAUACGAACGAAGGCUUUUGAAAAAGAGGAUGGCACCUAUCACACCCAAUCCGAUUUGAUAUUCAAUGCCACUCGCUUUGAAAACGAUCGCGUCUUUCGCUGUGAAGCCGAAAAUAUUGUGCUGCAAAUUAAUCGCGAGAAGCCAAUGGCCUCAGCUUUGACUCUGGAAGUAAUGUAUCCGCCUGUUGUCAAGGUCAGUCCGCCGGAGAUGGUGACAAAUACGAGUGAAAUUGUGCUGCUCAAUUGUGAAUAUGUGGCAAAUCCUGCAUCGCUCACACAUGUCGUUUGGUAUCGCAACGGUGACAUUGUAAAUGUCAAUGAUACGGAUCGCUAUCAGGGCGGCAAUUCGGAGAAUGUUGCCUUGGUCAUCAGGUCCACCGAUAAGGAGGAUAUUGGCAACUACACUUGCGAGCUAUCCAAUUCCAUUGGCAAGGCAAUCUCCGAGCAGCAAAUCGAUCUCGAUGUGCAGUACGUGCCGGUGGUCGAGGUGCAGAUGAUACCCGAGGGACCCGUCAAGGAAAGCGAUGAGUCGAAUGUGACCCUCUUCUGUAAUAUUCUGGAUGCCAAUCCAUCUGUGCUAACCAAAGUGCGCUGGUAUGCAAAUUCCACGUUGCUCAAGGAGCUGCCCGACUGCGAGGAGACAAGAGAGGAUCUGUGCCACAUUGAUCCCAGUAAACUGCUGCUGGAGAGCAUUGGACGCGGCUUCUUCUACAAUUAUUCAUGCGAGGGCUACAAUGCCGCCGGCUGGGGACCACGCAGCGAAGACAAAGAGCUAAUGGUGCAUUAUGAGCCUGGACCGGCGACUUUGACACACUUUCCACCCAUUGCCAUUAAGAAGAAGAGCGUCAUUUUUUAUUGCUCUGUGGAAGAUCCGGGCUAUCCCGAAUCGAAUAGAUACCGUUGGCUGCGUGGCGGACGCGGCCCGCUGCAGGACAUUGUCACCAAGGAGUGGACCGUGGAGCCUGUCGGCUUGGAUAGCCGCACCAACUAUUCGUGCUAUGCGUACAAUGAGGGCGGCAAGGGCGUAAUGGCCACAGUCAAUUUGGAGGUGCAUGCACCGCCAUUCUUUAUCAAGAAUAUGCAACCGUACACGGGCGUGCUGCACUCCGUGCCCAACUUCAAUCUAACCUGCCGCAUCGAGUGUGUGCCCCGCUGCGAGAUCGCCUGGCUAAAGGAUGGCACGCCAAUUGACAAGAAUGAUACCCGCUACUUUGUCAAAGAGAAGUACAUGGACGCCUCCCCAGCCACCGGUGAUUUCGAGAGCAUGCUCUCAGUCCUGCACUUCAAUAUGUCAAAUUUUCCGAAUAAAAAAUUCGAUAUCGAAUCGGAUAACGCCAAAUACAUGUGCAUAUCGACGCCGAAUGCGGUGGGGCCGACAGUAAAUAGCACCACCUACUUGAGCAUUGAAUACGCACCGGAGAACAUAAGCGUCUCGGAGAAUGUUGUCUAUGUGCAGGAGCAUCAUAUACCGGGACGCGUCAUAUGCAAAUCGCAGGCUAAUCCAGAGCCCUCAUACGAGUGGCUGUAUCCAAAUAAGAGUGUCACCAUUGGCAACACGCUGAUUAUCAAUGAUCCCAUCAAGCGCAACGAUACGGGCAUCUAUAGAUGCAGAGCCUUCAACAAGCAUGGAGAUCGCACAACCGAAACGGUCAUCGAUGUCCAAUUUACACCACGCUGUGAAAUAGAAAGGCAAGAGAUCGAUGACCAGGAUACACUAAUUUGCACAGCAUACGGAAAUCCUGCAGAGGCCGACUUUUCAUGGUCAAUUAAAGCUGAGAAUGAAACAGUCGAAACGCUGGGCAGCGGUGACAAGAAGACCUAUGUGGACAGAAGCUUUUACAUACUGCAGGAGGAUUAUGCCAUUGCCAGGACCUAUCGAUGUGUGGCCAACAAUUCCGUUGGACCCGGCGCAUUCUGUGAAAUUGAAGUUGCUGAACAAUUGGCCUGGUGGCAGCGCUGGGACAAAACGACUCUCAUUAUUGUGGUUGUUGCCAUAUUGGUCUUAUUACUGGCCGUCAUUAUUAUUUGUUGCAUCAUUAUUUGCAUAUGCCGUCGCCGUCGGCGUCAGGAUAAAUUACACGACAAGUCGUCUUCACUGGGGGAUCCAUUGACGGAACCUGGCGAGUAUGAGAAUCUACCGUUUCAUGGUCUGCAAACGGCACCUAACAAGUUCUCUACUACCCCUACAAAUUUUAAUAACAACACAAAUGUGGUGCGCGUCGCUCCACGACCCAAGAGACUAAAUGGAAAUAUUGGUCAAGCAAUGAACAACCAGCAGCUGCAGCAUCACCAGACUCUGCAGCAUCCGCAUCCGCAUCCUCAACAUCAGCAGCAGCAGCAACAUCUGCAACAGCAGCAACAUCAUCAGCAGCAGUACAACACUUUGCAGUACGGGCGUGGCUGCACAGCCCCGCCCCAUCUUACAGCACCACAUAACCGGAGUAUGGAUCAGCUGGAGACGAGCUCCGAUCAAAUCCAAUAUAAUCUAAGCAAUUGCUUUCCCAAAAGCUACACCGAAUACUACCAACAACAUCAUCAUCAUCAGCAGCAGCAGCAGCAGCAACAAUCCCAGCAGCAGCAGCAGCAGCAACAGUCCCAACAGCAGCAACAGCAACAGAAAUUCAACACCAACUCCGCAUCAAAUGCACAGCUGUUGAAUGCCAUCGAGCAAGAUUAUCAGCCAACUUAUGCGGUGGUUGAGCGUGUGCCACCACCACCACCAGCGCCCACCUCAGCGCUGCUCAAUACGAAUCCUUUUCUGGCCGCCAGCAACUUUAAGAAAUACGAUGCUGUCGGCGACGAGCUGCUGCAGGGCAGCAUGCAACGUGGCAAGCGGGGUAAGGCGACGGCUGGUAGCUUGUUGGAGCGCUUGGAUAUGGAUAAGAAAUUUUACUCCUUGAAAUUUCCCAAUGGCGGCAAUAAACUGAAAAAGCCAGCAUACAAUUUAAAUUCAUCGCUGGCACUGACGCCGACAACUGGAACUGGAACGGGAACGGGAACGGGAACAACUGGGCCAAAGUGCAAGCGGCAUCAUUCCUUUGCUGGUGGUAGCCAUGGCGAUAUUGAAUCCAACGGCAAGCCCAUGCGCCUCUAUGAUCCGCCCGUCUAUGAGAAUGUGGCGGAUAAGUGCGGUGGCGAAAUGGAUAUGGAAAUGGGCGGUGACAACAGCAGCAGCAGCAUCACUCACAAUCUCAAUCUGAGUCACAAUCCAAAUCUAAAUCAUAAUUUGGCAACUGUGCAGCUUCAUACGCAGCCGGCUGCUGUUGUCGCCUCGGCUAGCCAUAAGAAGAAACAUCACCAUCGCCAGCACCAGCAAAAGGCUGAUGCAGCAUCCGCUGGCAUUGCUGACUUUCAGCUAAUGGAACCGGAACGCCUAAGCAUUUAUCGCAGCGAUUCGGGCAUAUCAAAUAGCUCCUAUGAGUCUCAACUGCCAACGGCGCUGGGACAACGCACACCCAAGCCACAUAAGGCGACAUCCUCGGGACUCAAUCUCACCCGCAAGCCUGUCUACAUGAAUGUGGAAGGACAGCAGCAGCAACAGCAACAGCAGCAUUUGGCAGGUGCUGCUUCACCUGCACACAAUAUUAAUUCGUCCUAUGAAUCCGCAUCGUCGGCACCAGUCACAGAUCCCACCUCGCUCAGCUCAAGCAAUUCGAUUUACAGCAGCGGCAUCGGCACAGUCAGCACUCGCUGUAAUCGCCAUCCGCAACAGCAACAGCAGCAGCAACUGAAUCAAAGGCAGCCAACGCCGGAAAUCACAACACCCGAGGAUUAUGAGCAGUACCAGCUCGGACAUCAGCCAACGCACUCUGCCUCAAUGUUGUCCGUUGCCAGCAGCGUAAGCGCUGCCAGUCGUGGCAAGUGCAAGCCCUCAAGCAUAGCAACAACAGCAACAGCUUCGACAACAGCAACAUCAUUGCAACCGCUGCCACAUCGCGUGGGUCCGCAUGAGCAAACACAACUGUUGGCCACUAAUCCAUUUUUAGCACUUAAACGGCACAAUUGCAACUCCAACUUCAACAGCAUCAGUAGCGGCAGCGGCAGCGGCUGCAACAAAAGCAACAGCGAUGCCAGCAGCAAGAAAUUACGACGACAGACCAUCAGCGACCCCUACGCACAUAUCAAACGGCAUUUUGUCAGCGAUGCCGAUGCCACUAAUACCAACAACAACGACAACACCAACAACAACAUUAAAGCCUUUGCUGCCAACGCUCAUUGCAGCUCCAAAGCCACGACAGCAACAACAUCGUCAGCAGCAGCAGCAACAACAGCAGCGCAACAAAUUGGCAACAACAACAACAAUCGGCCUGGGCAUGGGAGUGGGCGUGGGGGGUGGGGCAACAAUCAUCAACAACAAAUGCUAAUGCCAAACGAAUUGCUGCUGCAGGCAAGUCAAUUAACUGCUGCCGACUGUAAUCAGAAUUUAAGAUAUGUGCCGCCAAUGCCAAGUGCCACGUCGCUGCAACAGCAGCAACAAUUGUUGGACGGAGCCUACGACUGCCUGGUGGUGCGUCGCCCGAUGCGACUGCCAUUGCGCAAACAUCACACUUUCCAUUUCCAGACAACGCAAACGGCCAAUGGCAAAUUGCAGCAGCUGCGACGCCAACUGCAGCAGCAGCAACUGGAGCGACAGCAACAGGAGCAGCAACAGCAGGUGCGGGGUCCUCUCAUCUAUCGUCCACUGGCGCUGAGUGAACGGCAUGCCUUUAAGCCAAUUUCGCCAACACCUGCGACAACAGCAGCAGCAGCAGCACCAACGACAACAACAUUGUCUGAUUAUGAAAAACGCGAAGCCAACGAAGCACAACAGCAACAACAGUUGCAACAACAACAAAAACAGGAGCAGGUAACAGACCAACAUCAGCUGCGGCAGCAACUAAAUCCCGCCGCCUCAUUAGAGGCAUUAGAGGUGCUAACUAAAACGCAUCCGGACUUUAUGUUUGCUCGACCCAGUGCCAAACAAAGCGCGCCAAUUGGUGCAGCAGUUGCACCAACAACAGCAACUCCUGCCGAUGUGGAGGAAGAUGAGGAUUUGGGCUACUCCUUUUGCGAGGAGGAGUACCCCGUUGAUGCUGUUAGUCAUGAUGAUGAUAACUACAUUGAUGAUGACGAUGACGCUGACGGUGAUGAUGAUAGAGAGACAGCAGUCCACAAUGUUACAGCACCGCCCACAACACCAGCCCACAGCACACAGAGCAGUGCAGCAAUCGCGAAUGCAACUGCGGGCGCAUUGAGAUACUUUAUGACUCAAAGCUAUCGCGAAGUCCACCCACUAAAUGCCGCAAGUUUCGAUGAUGAAUUCAUCUAUGCCGAUCUCGAGAGUCAGCAUUAUGGGCCCAUCAAUUAUAAGGCCGCCUCACUAUAUGCCCAGGUCAAAAAGAACAAGAAAACGGGUGCUUUGGAGGAGCAGAAGAAAUAAUGCUGGAGACACCAAAUACUCUAAUUAAAGAAAACAUUUUGCAGUGCAUUUCGGUCGACUUAUGUUAUUUAUUAUUGUUUCUAGUACUUAACAAGCGAUAUGCGGACGAUUGAGCUUCUGUAAAACAAAAAAAUGAAAACCAUAAAUUUUAAAUCUAAAAUUGUUUAAAGCAAAUGAAUAACGAAUUUCUUAACUUUAUAAAUGUAAACUAAAACAAAAUGAUAGU